CCAACUUAAACAUACUCCAACUUGGGAUUAUAUUUGUAACUAGAACAUUCGGGAGGAUUAAGAUUUAAAAUGAAUUGCGGUUACGCCGUCGAGUCCAUUCUUCUAACAAGUAACAGUUUGACAAACUUGUCUUUUUCCCGCAUAGGCAGUUAAUUACUAGGUUAAAAUUGGAACCAACUUCAGUUACUUUUUUUGGUAAGUCGAACCAAUAUCAGUUGCUUAGUUGCUGAGAAGAAAGCGAAAAUGUCUCUUGUCCUUCCUCUUCUUACAUGUAAAUCAUAGUUGUUUUCUUAACUUCCCUGCCCUAAAUACUCUUUUCUUGUUUACAUGUUGUCUUGUCAUGGUCCCCGUCUUACUGCACGCUGAUUUUUAAUAUGUACAUAUUCUGUGGAUUCAGCUCUAUGUUCAAUUAGCUUCUCACCAACCUUUGUGCAUUUCCUGCUUUUGGGAAUUGAAGAUUUUGGGUUAUCAAAUUGAAAACUGAAUUUCUCCGAGCGUGGUAACUGAUAAGAUAAAGGUAAGAUUAGGUAAGAUUAUUGGUAUCAUGGAUAGUGAACAUGGGUUUGUAACAAAGAAGCAUUUAACAAAUUCAGAGGAAGCCAAUGAUGGAGCUGUUAUUAUUCCUGAACACAAAUUUUUGGUGAAUUCUCCUUCAUCAUCCUCAGAAUCUUCGAUGGAUUCUAGCUAUGUUGAAAAGGAAGAUCCUUCUGAUACCAUUCAAAAAUCAAAACAAGCAAAUCUUGAUCCCAAAGGACAAGUUUCAGGUCACAAUGCUAGUACGAGUAUACACGAACCUUCAGCUGCAAUUUACCCUCAAAAUCAAAUCUCGAAGCAAUCUGAAGACUAUGAUCCUAAUAGGAUUCCGGCAUCCGUUUUUGCUCGUACGCCAAUGGAAUGGAGUGUUGCUUCAACUGAAUCACUGUUUAGUCUUCACAUGGGAAAUAGCAGCUUCUCAAGAGACAGUGGAUUCAUGCAAUACAAAUCUGGGGAACUUCAUAAGUUCGACGAAACCAACAGUCCCCCUCCUGCCCCGCUCCCAAUCAUCGUAGAAAAGGUCCUCGAAAAGAAGAUUCAGGAUAUUAGUGAGGACUCAAAAGUGACAGAAGAAAAACCAGUCGAACCCGCAAAAGCAGUAGUGAAACCUGAAUUGCCACCCAAUAACACAAAGGCAGUUCCAGUGGGAACUGAGAAAAGUAUCAGUCAGGAAAAGGCCUCUCCUGCUGAAGACCUCAGGCAAUCAUCCAGCAGCACGCAGUCUUUUAAAUUCCCACUAUUUGAAGCAAAUGCAGCGGGAAGUGAUUCUGUGAAAGUGGUAAAGGAGAAGCAGUCUUCAAUGAAGCAGCCAAAUCCUGGAACACCACCAGAUCCAAACCCUCGUGGGAGCAGCUGGUUUUCUUGUUUUUCUUGUUGUUCAUUUGGUUGUUGAAAGAGCAUUGUUUCUGGACGAUUAUCAAUUGAUCAUGUACAUGAUUCAUCAUUUUGUUGAAACUAAAUAUGUCAAUGAUUCUUUUCUAAUUGUAAAAUUCAAAACC